AUGUCGAAUCAAUAGAAGUGCAACAAUUGUGGAGCAAAAGAUCAUAUUGCUAAAUUUUGUUAUGAAAGAACUAAAAAAGUACCUGUUAGUAUUAAAUUAACUACUUAGACUCAAAAAUUGAAUUCUAGAGAAAAAAAAGAAAUGAAAAUAUAAAAAAAAGAAGAAGAAAUUAUUAUAUAAGUCUAAAAAAAAAUACCUUAAUCUAAAUAUGAGGAGGAUAAAUAUAUUGGUUAACAUACUUAAAUUUGGGGUAGCUAUUGGAAUGAAGUUUUGGGUUGGGGAUUUGCAUGUUGUUAUUCAAAUUAAAAAUCUCACAGGAAUGCUUGGGAGAAAAGGGAAAACGACAAUCCCUCACUAAAGAGUAUUCCAUCAAAAGAUAAAUCGAAGAAACACCUCUAGCAUAAUAAGAGCUUAAAUCAGGACCAUUAAAUCUUAAUGAAUUGUACAGAAAAUCUAAUCUUCGAGAAGGUGCUCCAGUUGAUAUUAUUUACAAUUAAAGUAAUGCUACCAAUUGAUUUUUGGGUGUUUGUGUUUGUGUUGAAGUUAAAUAUUUAAUUUAAUAAUUAUAUAAAGUAUUAUUUUUAUAAUUUCUUUUGUUCUUUAGAGGCGUCAAAAUUUUCAAGUCUAACUGUUAGAAUAUUAAUACAUAACUUUCAAGAUAUAUAUUAGUAGUUUAAUUAGUUUGAUUACAUUAUAAUAAUUCUCCUUUUUUAGAAGUAAAUUUCAUUAUUUAAAAUUUGA